AUGUAUUACAAACUAGAUCGUCAAUAUGUAAGAUUUAGAUUUAAAAUAUAUUUGCACAUUGAUGACGUAGAAGUUCUUAAUACAAUUAAAUCUAAUUUAAAUAAUUACGAAGAAAUUAAAAAUAUUAUAUGCCCUAUAUUUAAUGCAUUUCCUUUGCAUACUAGUAAAAGAUUAGACUUUGAAAACUUUUCUCAAGCGGUCUUUAUUAAAGAUAAUAAACAAUUAUCUGAUGCUGGUAUGAGCAAAAUAGUAUCCCUUAAAAAUACUAUGAACACUAAAAGAGAAAUAUUUACAUAUAAUACUACAAAACCUCAAAUUAUAAUAAACCCUAAUUGA